AAAAAAAAAAAAAGAAAAAAAUGGGCUCGACUUGCAACAAGUGUUUCUCAAGCGACUACAUGCUUCUGAACCCGGACGAGGCCGGUUUUCUGGAGCUUGCCAAGGUUUUAUUUUCUAGCAACCUCGAGAAAAGGAAAUUUGUGGACUGUCCUGAUGGGGCCCACGAGCCGUCGUUCGGGCGUAGAUGGAUUAUUUUCGUCUCGGUCUUCGUGCAGAAAAUGCUGAAAAUGGUCCAAAAUCCCCUAGCCGGGUUCGGUUCAGGGAUCGAGCAUUGGCUGAAUUUGCUGUCGGGGAAUGGUGGUUUUUUCGGGCUUGCGGCGAAUUAUCUUAAAGGGAAGGUGGUGUAUCCGGACAGAACAUCGGCGAAUUUCUUGUCGUUCAUUGGCUGCAUUGAUAAAAGACGAGAGCUGGACCCCACCAUAAGCCACGUGGACUGCAGAUACUAUGCAGCGCUUUCUGUAAUGGCUGCCAAGGCCUCUUACGAGAACCACCGAUACAUUCAGUCUACAGUCAACGAUCAAUGGGAGAUGGAAUACUUGGGAUCCUUCGAUUUCUGGAAUGAUUACCAGGAGAAAGCCACGACACAGGCAUUCGCCCUCCAGGACAAAAACGACGUCGUCAUUGUCUCCUUCCGCGGAACCGAACCCUUCGACUCCGACGCGUGGUCCACAGACGCCGACAUCUCCUGGUACGACCUCCCCACCGCCGGCAAAAUCCACGGCGGCUUCCUCAAAUCCCUCGGCCUCCAGAAGAGCCAGGGCUGGCCCCGCGAACAGGACCCCCACAAGCCCCCCACCGCAUACUACGCCAUCCGCAAGCUCCUCCGUGAAAAACUCGAACAAAACCCAAAUUCCAAAUUUAUCCUCACCGGCCACAGCCUCGGCGGCGCCCUGGCGGUUCUUUUUCCGGCUGUGCUGGGCUUGCACGGCGAGUCGUCGCUGCUGGACAGGCUGGAAGCCGUAUACACGUUCGGUCAGCCGAGGGUUGGGGACGAGAAGUUCAAACAGUAUAUGGAGAGUUUGAUGGAAAAACAUAGCAUCGCUUAUUAUCGAUUUGUUUAUUCGUACGAUGUUGUGCCGAGGCUUCCGUACGAUGAUGCAACCCUCAUGUUCAAGCAUUUCGGGACCUGCAUUUACUAUAACAGCUUCUAUGAGGGAAAAGUUUUAGGUGAGGAGCCUAACAAGAACUACUUUUCUCUUAUAUGGCUUUUACCGAAAAUCGUAAAUGCUUGCUGGGAGCUAAUGAGGAGCUUUGUAAUUGGGUACACGAGAGGAAAAGAUUAUCGGGAAGGGGGUUUGCUUCGGAUUUUAAGGUGGGAUUUUCAGGCAUACGAAAUGUUUUCUAUAGUUGAGGCCUGGAAUCCCUUAUGGCUUGCAAGGAAAGCGAAAAAAAGAAAGGUAGAUUUGGACAAGAAUAUAAAACCAGGUAGUAAUAAAUACUACGCGGCCCUGUGUGCUAUGGCAUCAAAAUUAGCCUACGAGAACAACAAAUUCAUCCGAGCUACCGUUGAGGAUCACUGGAAGAUGGAAUUGCUGGGAGCCUACAACUUUUGGGAUGAGACUUACAAGGCGCACACAACACAGGCUUUCGUUUUCCUCGAUAAAACCACAAACCCGAACACGAUUUUCGUCGCCUUUCGAGGCACGGAAAUAUUCAGCGCCGCCGACUGGAUAACCGACCUCGACAUAUCGCGCCACCCUUUCCCCGACAACAAAGGCAGCGUUCACGCGGGCUUCAUCAAAGCCCUCGGCCUCAAACCAAACGGGCCUUGGCCCGAAGACAAAAACACUGGCCCAAACCUAAACGUUUACAUCACAUUAUUACAAGAGCUAAAAUCCCAUUUCGAAGCCAAUCAGAACGCGACACUUGUCUUGACUGGCCACAGCCUAGGUGGGGCCCUCGCCGUUUUAUUCUCCGCAGUUCUUGCAGUGAAAAACGAGACCGCGGUUUUGGAGAGGUUAAAAAGGGUCUACACUUUCGGGCAGCCGAAAGUUGGGGAUGAAAAAUUCGGGAGAUUUAUGGAAGAGAAGUUUGAUUUUUACGGAGUUGGGUAUUAUAGAGUCGUGUAUAAUCAUGAUAUUGUUCCGAGAUUGCCUUACGACAACUCGGUUUCGGCUUUUAGGCAUUUCGGGAAGUGCCUAUACAUUGAUAGUGUUUAUGAAGCAAAGGUUGUUAAAGAAGAGCCGAAUUAUUUCAGCAUUGUUGAAAUUGUUAGAAGGACAGUGGAUCCAUUUUGGGAGCUGGUGAGGAGCUUUCUUCUGCCUAGAAUGUUUGGAGAAGAGUACAAGGAAGGUUUGCUGUUGGUAAUGUUUCGUUUGGUUGGGUUGAUGUUCUCUGGUUUACCUGCUCAUGGACCACAGGAUUACAUCAAUGCUACUCGACUAGUCGACUGGCGGUUUAUUGAUGGUCGUAGGUGGAUAAGCUCGCCGGAGAGUAACACGAUAGCUAUUAAGUGGCCGGAGGAGAGAGGGCUGAGCGAGCGACGAGAGAGAGUGGAGUGCGCGAGCCGAGCGGAGGGAUUUAGGGUUUUGAAUCCCCAAUCGAUUCAAAAGAGAGAGGUAAAGAGAGGGGGAGAGAGAGAGUGGGAGAGAGGAGAGGAAGAGGAGGGUUCUGCACAAAUUCACGAGGUCGUAACAGCAAGAACUUCUUUCGUAAUGGCUGACCGCAAGCUUGUGGUUUUGGGAAUCCCAUGGGAUGUGGAGACUGAAGGAUUGAGAGAAUACAUGAGCAAAUUUGGGGAAUUAGAGGACUGUAUUGUGAUGAAGGAUCGCUCCACUGGUCGUUCUCGCGGUUUUGGAUAUGUUACAUUUGCAGCAGCUGAAGAUGCAAAGGGUGCCCUAGCAAGUGAGCAUAUGCUUGGAAAUAGAAUGCUGGAAGUCAAGAUAGCCACUCCAAGGGAGGAGAUGAGAACAUCAUCGAAGAAGGUAACCAGGAUUUUUGUUGCAAGAAUUCCACCAUCCGUAACUGAAUCUGCUUUCAGGAGUCAUUUUGAGAAUUAUGGUGACAUAACAGAUUUAUACAUGCCUAAGGAUCCAUCCACCAAAGGCCAUCGUGGAAUUGGAUUUAUAACGUUUGCUCAUGCUGAGGCAGUAGAUGAUCUUAUGGCAGAUACCCAUGAACUGGGAGGUUCAACUGUGGUUGUGGACAGAGCAACUCCUAAGGAGGAAGAUUACAAAGAUUACAGGCCAGUUAGUCGAGUGGCCCAUGGUGUGGGUGGGGGUGGAUAUGGUGCUUACAAUGCUUAUAUUGAUGCGGCUACUAGAUAUGCUGCCCUUGGUGCUCCAACCUUGUACGAUCAUCCUAGUCCCAUGUACGGAAGACAAACACCUCGUGGGAUGGGAAAAAAGAUCUUUGUCGGUAGGCUCCCCCAGGAGGCUACUACGGAAGAUCUUCGCCACUAUUUCGCAAGAUUUGGACGUAUUUUAGAUGUUUAUAUCCCAAAGGACCCGAAGAGGACUGGUCAUCGCGGGUUUGGUUUUGUGACGUUUGCUGAGGAUGGUGUUGCAGAUCGUGUUGCCCGAAGGUCUCAUGAAAUUUGUGGGCACCAGGUUGCUAUAGAUUCAGCUACACCAGUUGAUGAUGCUGGGCCUGGUCCAGGGCAUGGGCCUCACGCUGGACCUGGCCCAAGUGGUAAUUUCGUGAUGAAUAAUCUUGAACCAUUUGGGUAUGGUGCACAUAUGAGGAGUUAUGGCAGAAUGUACGGGAGCCUUGAUUUCGAUGAUUGGGGUUAUGGAGUGGGUGGCAGUAUGAGCGGAAGUGGCGGCAGGCCAUCACGUUCAGAUUACAGGUAUCGGCCGUAUUAAUGACAACAAAUGCAGACAACUUAUCCGAAGUUGCUGUCUGGAUUUACAAUAAUUAAGUGUGUUUUUACUUUGAAAGUUACCCAGCCAUUACACUCUCAAAACAAAUGCUUGUGUUUUUCAUAACUGGCUUUGGUCUGGUAGAAGGCCAACAUUUGUAGCCCAAAAAAUACGAGAAUUGUAGUCGAAAUGUUUUCGUUACGACUAUCCUGUUGAUGCUUCAACUUAUUCAGUGGUAUAAUUUGGUUGCUGCAAUUUAUUCGAACUAAUUACAGCUUCAUUUUAUCUGGU